CAAAAUCGCUGCAGCUCCUAUAAAUGCCAUAUUAGCAGCUGGAUAACGCAACAGCAAAGCUUCUUCCUAGGCAUCUCUUGUUCUUGAUUCAGGCAUCCGUUCAUCGUUCCAGGAGAACAUACGAGUUUUUUUCUCAGAACUCUUUCCGCAACUUCGACCAUGAGCUACCAGCAGCAGGGAAACAUGGCGUACCCUCCGCAGGGCCAGCAGCAGGCCUACGUCGCGCCGCCGCCACCCGUCGGCUACCCGCAGCAGGGUGACCAGCAGUACCCAGCUGCCGGAGGCGCCGCCGAGACCACCAGCCGCGGCCACCACCACCACCACCACAACGGCGGCGGAUUCUGGAGAGGAUGCUGCGCGGCGCUCUGCUGCUGUUGCCUCCUCGACGCCUGCUUCUGAUCAAGUUCUGCACAUUGUGAUUAGUUGAUGUGGAGUUUGGCCAUUGU